AGCACCACAGAUUCAGAAAUGUUGAGAGCGCUCACUCACACACAGUGCACACACUGGAGCUACCACCUCUCCUCUCCCUUUGCUUCCUCACCAGCUAGCUAGGGUUCAAUUCCCUCCUGCUCCCUCUCUCCCGGCCGGCGACGGCGACGGCACGCGGCGAGGCAUGCGGCCGGUCGGGUUCAUCGCCCCAGCUAGCUAGUUUCAGUCUUCAGAUCGUCCGGUUUGAUUCAGCUCGCAGCGCCGGUGGUGGAGGCCAAUUGAGCUAGGCGAUCGAUCUCUCCGGGGAGAGAGGAGGGAAGAACAAGCUCUUGCUCAUGCUUGUGUGAUCAUGAACUGCUUAAUAUGAUAAGCGGCAGCAACACAAAUGAGGAGCUCAGCGGCGGCAGGAAGGUGGAGCAGCCGAGCGGCGGCGGCGGCGGCGCUGCCGCGAAGGCCGCCGCUGCCGUGGCGAGCUCGCGGCACUGGUCGGCGUCGACGGAGUCCAGGAUCGUGCGCGUGUCGAGGGUGUUCGGCGGCAAGGACCGGCACAGCAAGGUGAGGACGGUGAAGGGGCUCCGCGACCGCCGGGUGCGGCUGUCGGUGCCGACGGCGAUCCAGCUCUACGACCUGCAGGACCGGCUGGGGCUCAGCCAGCCGAGCAAGGUGGUCGACUGGCUGAUCAACGCCGCGCAGGCCGAGAUCGACAAGCUGCCGCCGCUGCAGUUUCCGACGCACGAGCAGGACCUCGUCGCGCACCUCCCCGUCGCCUCGUCCAUGGCGCCGCCGUUCACGAACGGAGGCGGCGCCGGCGACCACCACGCCGUGACCGCCGUGUCGAUGCUGGACGACGGCGACAAGGCUGCCCACUGCAACGGCCUCGGCGGCGGCGGCGGCAUGAAAGGAUUCAUGAGCCUGAGCAACUCACUCGGCCUGCUAAACGCCACCAUGCCGUCGACGUUGCCUCACCACGGCGCAUACUACGCCGCCGCCGAAUCUUGGGCCAACGGCGCCGGCAAUGCCCACCACAAUGAGGUGAGCCAUGGCGUCUCGCCUCAGGUGGCGGCGGCCGCCCACAACUCGCCAUUCCCGUCGCUGCUGUCCCUGGCACCGGGGUCUCAGUUCGUCUUCUACUCUCCGGAAGGCGGCGGCUUCGCCGCCAUGAAAGAGGCAGCCGAGCAGUUCCCUGUAGAUAACCUCGACCACUCGCAAGGUCAGCUCUCACUGAGCUCAGCAAGAAGCUUCCUUCACUCGGGAAGCCAGGGAUGAUUUGAUCAAAAUAAUAAUCCCUACUCCAAUAAGGUUCGUACUUUAGAGAAAAAAUAAGUAACUUAUUUUAUUUCAUUUCAGGUGUGUGUGUUAAGGUUGUGAUGAAUAUUAAUUUUGGUAUUUAAGCGCAUUAUAUUGUUUGGUAUGGCCAGAUUAAGAGCUCUAGAACUACUUACAGGAUGCAAAAGUUCAGUUUUUGCAGGGUGUGCGAUGCAAUUCGUUACUUCUUUUUUAUAUAUGGAGGUAAUUAAUUGUUGGUGUAUUAUUUUGGCUUGUGUAAUAACGAUUUUGAGAAUUUUGGAGGAGCCUUUUGCUUCGGGUUUCAUUUUUGUGAGUUUUGUUUGUCAA